AUGCUUUACCACUGAUCUAAUAAUAACACACUGGAGGUAGCAACUGGAUAUGAAUUGACCCAGAACAGAGAAAAUACAACCUUAAAAUCUCUACGGGCGCCGUUAACAACACAGAACUUUGAACGAAACCCAUCCUUAAAAAUAAUAUAUUUCAUAUUCGUCUUGCUGCCUUAUAUAAAAAUCUGUUUUCGUUAGAUAUUUUGGUAUUCCUCAGUCUACCAACAGGGUGCAACAGCUGACUGACUGAUGAUAGGUUGUUAAACGCUGAUUGUUUUCAUUAUUGUGUUCGGAUACUUCGAGACACAGUUCAGAUAUCUUUAUACUUCAUUUAAAGACUUAGCUCUUGGCCUCUCAUAUAACGAGGAAGCUUCGAGAAGAAGCUAGAAACUACGCCACUGAACGAGUGCAAAAUAUUUUUUGUCCACCGCUGAAGUGAGAGUCUGGUUGCACACAGUAACUGUAGUGCAAACUACAGUUGCUUGCGAGACGGUUUCCAAGAAGCAGCAUAUAUACUUCCGAAUAAUGUCAACCUGAUUCGGUUGUGCGAAUCCAAAUUUUCCAGCACUUUAUGAUUCAACCUUAGAUUACGCAUGCAUAAUUAAUAAUGUUUUCACCCAAACACAAGUUCGGAAGAGUGAUGUUCGCCUCAUUGCCUAGCCGAGAAGGACUAGAGCAUUCGUUGGGUGACAUGCAGAAUGCGUAGGUUUUAAGCAGUUUCGUAAAAUUUCUGCAAUUUCCGGUUUCGCAACCAAAUAUAAUUAAUAUGUUACGGCAGGUGUUAGCAUGCGUACGUUUUGCUGGGCCUUAAUAUUAUCAUUAUGCAAAGAAUCUACAAAAGUGAAACCUAAAUACUAAAUUUGUAACUAUGGCAGGAGCAAAUGAAACGGUUGGAAAAGAAGACGUAAAGAAAUUCAUAAUUCAACAUCGGUAUCUUCAGAAUCCUCGUCAAUGGCCAAGUGGUAGCGGAGCCACUGUAGUAUUAGGCAGAGUAAAAAUUGAGUUCAACAAUGCGGGACACGAUGAAUUUAUACACGACACAGGGAUUUUCAAAAAUGAUGAGAACCACCACUCCGAAAAAUAUUUCCUCGACUUUCUCAAAGCGAAAUUAGAUGCCCUGGAAGGCACAGUCACUCAAGUUAUAGUAAAUCUUGUUCAAAACUACUCUCCCUGUAGCGACUGCGUAACAAGAAUCCUCGAAUUUGUUGACGGCCAAGACUUUCGUUUAACGUUUACAAUAAAGUUUGCAAACUUUUACAAACAUUAUUACAAUAGAAACAGAGAAUCAAUGAAGCUGUUGUUACAGAAAGGCAUAAGAUUGCAGCUACUUCAAGGUGAAUCUGCUUGGAAAGAGUUCUUAGACGAUAAAACCUUCGUUAAAUUAAAUACGCGGGGUGAGAGACAAGAAAUACUCAAUUUGGCAAAGACAAAAGAAAGAAAAGACAGAGAGAAGGAUGACGUGGCGAUCCUUAAAAAAAUUGAAUGCGAAGUUUUUGGUAAAAAAGUGUUCUCCACAGAUGACCUUGUACACCAGACGCAACAUUUGCAACUUUGAAAUUUUGAGAAAACACGUGGCAGAAGACAACUGAUAAUAAAAUCAGUAAAAAUAGCUACAAGAGAGUUGCAAUAAACUAUACUUACAAUAUGUAUGUAUCUAUACAACAUAUAUGUAAAAAUAUAUUGUGAAACUAAGGAUUUAUCAUGCAAUCUAUUUGAUCAAUUGUUCUCCAAUGGCUACAAUGACUUUGCGGUCUUGCCCGGCAAAGUGUGUCAAGAACACUUAUAUUUAUUCUUAAGACUGACUUUGUAAUGUAAAAUUCCGAAUAUAUUGUUGUUGUUUUUGAUUCGAA